AAAGUGAUGUCGUCAUCAUUCGGAAACAGGAAGUACCGUGACAGCGUUAGAGACAGAUAGCUAACCGGACUUUAAGUUGUUGUUAAACCGGUUCCAUUCAAAACGGCAAGACGACAAUUUUUCCUUGUACAUAUACGUGUGCGUACAUUUCCGUAUAAAAGGAGUCGCAAUGAAAGAGAUAGCUUUCGUUUUGGUUUAUUGUUUACUGACCAUUUCUUUGGUCGAAGGCGAUUUGAGUACCAAAGCGGCGGAAGAUGGAAACGGUACCGUUAUCGUCGCUACGCACAAACCCGCGAGCACUAAACACUCCGGGAACUUCACUUUAAACAGUCUGGAACUGGAGGGGUCCAUGAUCCAGAGGGCUUUGUACGUGCUUAUCGGCAUCACUAUUAUAGGAGUGCUUUAUUUCCUUGUUCGAGCGGUUCGUCUGAAGAAAUCUUCCACACCAAGAAAAAAAUAUGGACUUCUAGCAAACUACGACGACACAAUGGAGAUGGCACAGCUGGAAAGUGACGAAGACGACAACACUGUUUAUGAAGCCAAAUCACUGAGAAGAUGAGUCCUGAGGGCCAAGAGGACGCUGAAGCAAUAAAGUGGAACGGACCAAAAAAUGACCAAAAAGACCAUCUCACAGUUUAUUCGUUGGAAAGAUGGACCUCGGGCUGUGGUGUGUUUUGAGUAAUCCUGUUCUCUUUGGUCCUGUUUUAUACUAAAACUGCUUACCACAAGCCCCUCUGCAGCUGUGAAACUGCGGAACGAGUUCCUGGAGAUGCGAUAAUUGUGUUUUGAUUUUUUCCUCACUUUUGCUUUCAAUGAUUUUGUUUUAAUUUUCCUUUUUUUUUAAUGCUAUGACAUGCAUACUAUUUUACCAUGUGUGUUUAAUAUGUGCAUAUUACAGCAUUCUGGAGCAUAUGGUCUAAUGUAACAGAGCUGCACGAUAUUGAUACAAUAUUAUUAUAUUGCUUGUCAGUAUAAUAUCAGUAUUGUAAAAGCGAGUAUUGUGAUAACGGUUAACAAUCAAAACACUGUGCAGCUCUGUGGCAUGUCCUCGAGGCUGCUUUUUCUUGAUUAAAAGCUGGGUUAUACAGGGUUAUUGUGCUGUUCUGGAAAAUGAUGGAAUUUAUAUAUGCACUCAUAUCCAGACCUGAAGAAAAAGUAUGGAAAUUGUAUGGAUUUUUUUUGUUUCAGGUUUGUUUUUGUUACCAGGGUAACAGAUUUGUAAAUCUUUAGUUCUCUGCACUAAAGGAACAUCUCUAAUUCAUAUUACAUUUAAUGUUUUUUUUUCUUUUUCAGUACACAGAAAGGAAAAUUGAACACAGAAAAUCCUGAAAGUUUAUAAUUUAGUAAUGAAGUCUGCAGAAGGUGUAUUAUUUUUUUCAGCUGAAAAUGACAAGAGCCUUCUACACUUGGGGAAAAAAGGGUUAGGGUUGGGAUUUUUUUUUUUUUGCAGCUUCGUUAUAGCUUGUCUAUCAUCUGCAGGAGGCCAUUAGAAGAGAAUGAACCCAAACUGAGAUGCAAAUGUAACUCUAAUUUACCUUCACUACUGAAACAAUGUAGAGGAAAAGCUAUAUGUUGUUAAAAAAAAAAAACAACCCUAAAUGUAAUGCAUUUUCUGCCUGAGUAUAGUAGAAAGAAAACAUUUGGUUGUGUUUAUUUACAUAUUUUAACAUUCCCUUAAAUUAAUUUCGCACACCUCAUUAAAACUUUAAAUUCUUUAUUGCUUGUUCUUCACUAAUGGAAAGGAAGAAAGCGUGUUGAUAAAUUGAAGGCAUGAGAAUUUGGUUUCCUAUUUAAUUUUUUUUUUUUUUAAACUGAACAUUUGCUUUUCCGUGCACUAAGGGUGGCUUCACUAACUCGAACUGAUUUUUUUGGUUGAUCAUGUAAGUGUGCUAGACUUCUGUUUAUUUUCUAUUCAUUUCAUUCAUGCUGUAUCGAAAUGUUCCUCAUCUCUGGUUCCUUCUUUGCUUCACAGUGAACAUGGGUGUAUCUUUUUCUUUCGAGUCGUUGACCAUGAAACAAUACAUUUCUGUCUUUAAUAUUCCUCGGUUUGGUGAAGGUAGCUGUAUUUUUUUUUUUUCCCUUUUAGUCUUGAGUGAAAGUUAGAAGACGAGCUCAAUAUUGAUGCAAGUGUUUAGUGUUUUUCAUGUGGGUGGAUGCAUGAGAAAAAAAAAAAGCUCCAGGUCAAUAUUUGGUGUUUAACAUUCAGAAAUUGUGCCUUUUAAGUGUUUUCUAUUUAGAUGGGCUGUAAUUCAAAGUGAUCUGUGACUCAAAACAUGUUUUCUGCAUUCCUAUAUUGUGAAAGCUUUAAAUUUCUUUGUAAAAAGAGUAAAAAAAAAAAAAAAACAUACUUAAUAUAUUUCUAAAACAACCUUUAAAAAGUUCUAUAAAUGACUGGAAUAUUGAUUGACAUGUUUUUGUCAAUAUUUUGUUAUUAAAGCUUUAAAGAUGAAGCCAAAUUGGGAGGUUAUUGGUCAAAUAUCAUUCACGCUGAUUUGUGCACACUUUUCACACAAACUAAUAGGAAACUAACUAAUGUUCUUACACACACACACACACACACACACACACACACACACACACACACACACACACAAAACACCAUUCCCUCUGAUUGGCUGAAUGUUUACUUCUAUUUGGAGUCCAGUUAUUUGUGCAGUAUAAUUCAUUCAAAUGGAUCCCAUGCUGUGAUGUUUUAGGGGGCUGUGCCUCUGUCGCUCUUAUUGAAGCUCUGCUGUUGACGAUUAACAGCAUUUUCUGGAGGUUUUUUUGAAAUAAAGAGCCUUUAGCUAA